ACCUUGAGAUAUCUUUUUACGUGAAAACAACUUUUUUUUUCUGCAUUUGAUUUCAAAUCAAAUCAAAAUUGCGCAGUGCACUUUCAAGUGACACAUGCGUUUACUUUGAGCAGUUUAUUUCUCCAGGAUUAAUUGCUUAUUACAACUUUCAAGGAGCAAAGAAAUUGUAAAGAAUAAUGGAAGUGCAGAAAGCUGUGCGCCUUAGGCAGGAUGUAAGAAGAAAUCAGCUGGGGUUGUGGUCUGUGUUUCAUCGAUUUGUUUACAGCAUCUGUGACUAGAACGUUCUCUACUUCCAGGUUACCCUUUAACAACUGACGGUAACAAAAGAAAACCCUUCUUUCCGAUGACCGUUUGCAAGAAUAUAACAAAAAAAGUCAUUGAAGGGUCAAUUGUUUCAAACGGAAGACAAAGCGCAAACAAACUGAUUUAAAUUACCGUUACUAAGGAAUGAAGAACACACAAAGAGAAUGUUUGUUCAUAAGAUAUCAAACAAGACAAGACAAUAAAAGUGAUUAUAAUCACUCGUGAGGAAAGUCGUUGGCAGCUUAUCGCCUCUGACCCUGCUUCCGCACUCGGCCUUCCAUGCCAGCUAAAAGCUUUUAUUAACACAAGGAUGAGGUUAGUACGGUAAGAAAACAUUACUUUUAAUCCGAUUUCUUAAAUCGUUGUCAGUCAUUUCACUUGAUCACUAUAAAUCCGCGGUGUAUUUCUAUGAACUCAGAAUGCUUAUUAAAAAAGAUCGGCGUUGAAAAAAAUAUUACUGUCAGUAUAUUUUCCCCGUAUUUUAAACAAAGCAAGCAGUCGUUCUGAGGUCAGUAAUUUUCGCCAUUAGCUUUGAUUAUACCUGUUCCUUCUUUCGUGAUUCACAGGUAAAAUAUUCAGAUCUACUCAACGAUAACUCGGCACGAAAAGGUCAACCACGAGCGAGGUUUCACUGAUGCGUCGACAAAAACUGAGCGGAAAUGAAACACGGUCGUGACAGUGGAAAAAAUUGUAAAUAAACAAUGCAUAAAAUGAAAAACUUACGAAGAGAAACAUUUUAACGUGGUUGAAAAGGAAUCAAAGCGGAAAGGCGGUCAAAAUGCUAUCUGUUAGGGCAAGUAUAACAUCAUGUAGAAACAGCUUCUGGUAGUUUAUCAUCUGCGCCGCAAAAAAAGGAAGAUUAAUGCUUGAGCAAAGUGUUAGAGUUGGGUAAUGAUUUUAGGGUUAAUUAAUAUUUCAAUAUUGUCAGGGUUAUCCUCACAAUGCAUGACAGAUAGGUCGCGCGGACCUCUAAAAGCGGUAAACGCCAUCAAAAAAAAUAUAAUAAUAUUGAUUCCUCCGCCUUGCCGGCUGGCUCGAAUUAAGAGAUAAAAGCUUUUGUCUUCAUUGCAAACGCAAUCAAAGGCCAAAAGGUGGUAAAGCUAACAAUCAAUGCUAACAUGACCAGAAAAUCAUGUCUGACUUAUGUCUUCGUCAUGUUUGAAGACCUUUCAGUAGAAAACUAGUUUGUCAUGCACUGCGCGCGUCAUUAAUUCUAAUGCGCGAAAUAAUUUGACGCACACAAUGUCUUGUUGCCAUAGUGAUAACAGUGACCUUCUUUAAUUUCCAGGCGAAAAUGAUUGAAAUGUAGAAUCAGUAUGUUGAUGAAGUGGGACUGCUUAUUUUGGCGAUGAAUUUCCAAGGAAACAGACGACGGGAGGGCAUGUUUUCUGCGCAAUGUGAUACUGGAAAAAAUAAGGGUGUUCGUCACCCUGUUAUGCCACAAAGGACAAAUACAACAACAGAUGCGGCGAAAAAAGCAAUUGGCAGCUCGCGCUUGAAACAUGUACAAUUUGAGCGCUUUAAAGAGACUAGUAAAGAGUGGGCUUGCCCAACACACGACAAUGGAAAAAGAAAACAAAGUUCCGCUACCCGGCUUUCACUUUCCAAAUCCUGUGAAAAAUCGGCGACGCUAAGGAAAUUACGAGAAGUUAAAAUUUAUAGGUCAUUUAUCGAAGAAGAAGUGACUGAGGAUUCAGAGAGAUGUAAAACCGGUGCAGCGUUCGAAAAGACAACGCAGGGAAAAGUUUCAUCGCGUAACGUAGGACAGACAACUGAAGCAUGCACAGUUAACCCAUCACGUGCCACGCCUCCAAAUCACGCUAUAAGACGUUACGCACUAUACAGAGGAAUGUUAUGCCACUCUAGGUUUGAAGAGGAUCAUAACUUAUGGAAAGACAAGAAUAAGGGCAAAGUUUCGUGUAGAAGAGAUAAAAGUGAAGAAACCAUUACACGGACUGCCACAAUACGAGAAGAUGAAAAAGACAAAGAUAAGUCAACCCGCUCACGUGCCUGUGAGACAAACACGGUGGAUGAUCAAACACCUGAAACAAUCAAUUGCAGUCCCAGGAAUGAUGAUUUAACAGGAACACGGUUUCCAAAACGAAUUUACAUCAGGGAGAUGUCAAACGGAGCAAUAGUCGAUGAAAUCGUUGAUGUUCAAAACGAGAGGGACUGGGAAGUACUGAACUACAUGACACCGCUACGUCACAUAACUUCAAAACCGCACGAACGUUCGGACAACCUUCGCUUCCGAGAUCUGCGAGACUUUGACGUUUAUUAUUAUCCGCAUCCAUGGAGAUAGCUAGCUGACGAUCUAUGAAAACUAUUCAUGAUUAUGCCUAUAUAUAAUAUUUAGCUCGCAAAAAUAGAGCUAAAAAGGAACUUGAAAAGGAAAGCUGUUGAAACAAUAAGGGACAAUAGAGCAGAAGUUACAAGGGUCAAAGUUGGAGUAUUAAGCCACUGGAAAUACUUACGGCUAAUAUAGUGUAUAUUGCUUUGCAGCGGUAAGUGUGGGUUUUUCAGCGCUUGCGGCUGAAUUUACAUAUCAUUGUUUGAAUCGUCAGUCUGAGCUAAUCGUGGAAAACUGAAUGCAUAACAAGGACAAUUUGGGCAAUUUUCGCUCUACUCAACUCCACACAUCCUUCUGAGACCGGCUUUCCAAUGAGACCGAAAAGUCUCAUCACGCUCGCCACGAGACAGGCUAUAUAUAUCUAGUCAAGCUUACUUAUAUUGUAACUUACUCCAACUUCUUUAGAUCCAAUUGAACGCCCUGGAUAUCUUUCUCCCGUUGUUAAGCUGUUGCCAUAAACAAAAGAUAGUCGAAGUAUUAUCGCUAAACUUGAAGUUAGUACUUACCCCAAUACGAGCGCAAUCGAGCUGCCAUUCCAAACCCACGGCAAUUUCCUCAGUGUGGAUAUAUUAGUGUCCCUGAUGUGGUGAAAAUAUAAAACAAAAUGAAAUAAAAUACAGGUUGUCUCUAACAGGUAAAAACUGAUUUCAUACUUGUGUGAAAGCACCAAUUGAGCAAACCCCCUUCGGAAAAGGGUUGACCGAAAUGUGGGCUUAGUACCUUAAGUAAACGGUGUGUAAUUUUCACCAUGAAAGGUAAUAAACUGGGCACUAUUUUUGACGAUUUCGAUGAAAAUAGCUCAGGCCAUGGAACUGCAAAGAAGUCUGCAAAACUGACGUUCACUUAAUACAGACAGUAGUUUAAUAAAAUUCAGUUGAAUUAGA